AUGGCCGCAGCCGUCAUCAAAUCACUUUCCAUCAUAUCGUUACUGGUUUCUAGCUGUCAAGCUAGUUUCCAUACACGCCGCGAUGUCAACACCACUUUCGAAAACCCCGUCUUCCCAGGGUGGCAUGCGGACCCCAGCUGCGUCUUCGUCCCUGAAGAAGGCAACACGACCUUUUGCGUCACGUCAUCGUUUCUAAACUUUCCGGGCUUGCCUAUAUACGCCAGCAAAGAUCUUCAAUCCUGGGAGCAUGUUAUCAACGUACUCAACCGCGGGGAGCAACUUCCCGGUCACGCCUCUGUCAAUGGGAACCCGCGAGGUGGCGUGUGGGCUCCCACCAUCCGCUAUCGAGAGGGAAAGUUCUAUGUCAUCGUCACUUACGUGACUUACAAUCCGCGAGAGACCGCUCGAAAUUACCUCUUUGAGGCGGACGACCCGUUCAACGAUGCUUCAUGGAGCAUUCCACACACCAUCACCAACCCAGGUGGAGGCAAUCACAUCGACCCAGAUCUCUUCUGGGACAACGGAACCGCCUAUAUGGCCACGGGAUGGGGAAGAAUAUAUCUUUCCGUCAUCGACAUCGAAACAGGCAACGCCAGCCAGAAGGUUGAGAUCUGGAAAGGGGCGGGAGGCAACAACCCGGAGGGACCGCACUUCUACAAAAAGGAUGGCUAUUUCUAUCUCCUCAUCGCUGAGGGCGGCGCCGGUAUCAACCACGCCGCGACAAUCGCACGAUCCAAAGACAUCUACGGCCCCUACGAAAGCUACGAAGGCAAUCCUGUGCUGACGAACCGCGGAUCCAAUGAGCUCUUCCAGUCGGUUGGACACGCCGAUUUAUUCCCAGAUGCCAACGGAAACUGGUGGGCCGUGGCACUAACAACUCGUUCAGGCCCCGAUAUGAAGAAUUAUCCCAUGGGCAGAGAGACUGCCUUGACGGCCGUGACGUGGGAUGCGGACUCGUGGCCGGUGUUUGACCCUGUUCGCGGCACUAUGAAAGGUCCCUUGCCGAAAAGCUCAGAGCGCCUGGGAAAGGGGCCCCUCAUCGACAGUGCAGACGAGCUUGACUUCGAGCCGGGAUCUUCUCUACCGCGUCAUCUGGUCCACUUCCGGUCCAAGGUUGAGGACACAUACACCGUGUCUGAGAACAACUCGCUGCGUCUGAGACCGUCGCAGAGUAAUCUCACGGGACCUAUCGAUGGCUUCAAUUCUGCAGACGGAGUCACUUUCAUCGGCAGACGGCAAACAGCCACUUUGUUCGAAUUCUCCGCUGAUCUUUCCUUUGAUCCGACGGACGUCGGUGAAGAGGCCGGCAUCACGGUAUUCCUGAGCCAACAGCAACACAUCGACUUGAGUGUUGUGAAGCUGCAAGAGUCAGAAAGUCCGCAGUUGCGAAUGACGGCUACCACGUUCGGUCGACCGACCGCGCCAGUUCCAGAAACCGUCUUGGAAUCGAUACCUCAAGACUGGGCUGAAUGUCCUAUCCGCCUCGCGGUGAAGGCAAACGAUCCAGACAACUACGAGUUCCUCGCGUCAUCACCUUGUGGCGCUGGGAAUAUCACAAUGGGGACGGCGAGCUCAGAUGCAACCAGUGGCGGAUUUAUCGGUAUGUGA